CGGCUAUUCUGCCUUUUUGAUCCUCUCUUCCUCUCCUCCUCUUCUCCUCUCCUCUCCUUCCAAUGGCAGCCUCUCCUCUCUCUCUUUGAGAUGAUGAAGCCAUAUCCUUUGCCCCAAAAGUGCUAUGACAUACAGUCGAGACUGUAAGUGCACAGAGAUCAAGGAGAUCUGAUGAGCCUAAUUUGUCAAAAUUUGAACAAGUCUGGUCAUCACCAUUAAGUCCUCCAGCCAUGGGUGAUGAGAAUGUGAAGGUGACCGGAAUCCGGCAGAUAGUCCGAUUUAGAGAGAUGCUCCAUAAAUGGCAUUCCACUGCACUUGGGACAAAGGAAAAUGAAUCCAAGGCCUCCGGCAUUCCCCCUGCUGUGGACAAGCGCUUGAAGAAUGUGUGCAACUCUUGUGAUUCAGAUGAGGAGGGCUGCCAGAGCCCGGAGCCCCCACCGGAUGUCCCUAAGGGAUAUAUUCCGAUCUAUGUGGGACCCGAGCAUCGGAGGUUCGUCAUACCAACGAGUUAUCUGAGCCUGCCAUUGUUUAAGCUACUUCUAGAGAAGGCUGAAGAGGAGUUUGGGUUUGACCAUCGGGGUGCUAUCACAAUCCCUUGCGAGAUUGAGACAUUCAAGUACAUUCUCCAAUGCAUGGAACGACACCAGAAGGGCCUCAUCGAUGAUCGAGGAAAUCCCACAGGGCUAGGAGAAUGAUCAUAAAGACUUGCUUGUUUUCAGCUACAGCAUUUAAAGGUUUGACAGCAUGUCCAACUGCCAAAUAGUUAUAUGACAAUCAAAGUGUUAGGAUAAUUUUUUCCUGUAUUGGUGAAAUUUGUGUGGAAUCUGAUGUACUCGAUCUUGGGCUUAAGUGGAUGGAGUGUGAAGUCUUUAUAAAUUUCCCCCACUCCAUUUUUAGGGCUAUAGAGGAUCUGAUGGGGUUCAUCUGACCCACAUUCCCUGUUUCCUCCAUCAUGUAACAUCGGAUUUAUUUCUCAACAAAUGAUUCUGUUAAACAUAUGAUGCCUUGUUGA